GCCCCUCCCUCUGGCUCGACUCAACGAUGUUAAACAAGGAAGGAAGUGGGGAACUGAGACGGACGGACUCCAGUGACUGACUGUUUUUCAGCGAACUUUGAACAGGUGCGAGUUCUCUGGUGUACUUUUACACUAAACAAACAAACCAACCAUUCUUGUUUCAAAUACAUGAGUAUGAAGCUGACAGCCUUGUGACUUUAGUAUGAUGUGUUUUCCUGUUCAGAGACUGACGUGAUUUUCAAACUGUGAACUUGAAAGUGAAAGCAAACUGUGUUAGCAGCCAUCGCAAAAGAGAGUCCACUGGUAACAAGACUAUGGCAUCAAAACCUUUCUCUGAAGAGGAUUUCUCUUGUCCUGUGUGCUGUGACAUCUUCAAGGACCCUGUUGUCCUCUCAUGCAGUCACAGCUUUUGUAAAGCCUGUCUGCAGCAGUUCUGGGAAACCAAAGGAUCCAGAGAAUGCCCAGUCUGCAGAAGGAGAUCAUCAAGGGAACAUCCUCCCCUUAACCUCCACUUAAGGAACCUGUGUGAGACCUUCGUACAGGAGAGGAGUCAGAGAGCUUCAGCAGGGUCUGAGGUGCUCUGCAGUCUGCACAGUGAGAAAUUCAAGCUCUUCUGUCUGGAUGAUAAACAGCCUGUGUGUAUGGUGUGUCGGGACUCAAAAACACACAAAACACACAGCUUCACUCCCAUUGAUGAGGCUGCACUAGAUAUUAAGGAGGAACUCAAGAUCAAACUGGAGCCCCUAAGAAAUAAAUUCAAGACCUUUGAAGAAGUUAAACUCAUCUGUGACCAAACAUCAGGGCACAUUAAGACUCAGACCCAGCACACAGAGAAACAGAUCAAGGAGGAGUUUGAGAAGCUGCACCAGUUUCUACGAGAUGAAGAGGCAGCCAGGAUAGUCGCACUGAGGGAGGAAGAGGAGCAGAAGAGUCAGAUGAUGAAGGAGAAGAUUGAAAAGAUGAGCAGAGAGAUCUCAUCUCUUUCAGACACAAUCAGAGCCAUAGAAGGGGCGAUGGGAGCUGAUGACAUCACAUUCCUGGAGAACUACAAGAGCACAGUGAAAAGAGCCCAGUGCACACUGCAGGAUCCAGAGAGGAUUUCAGGAGCUCUGAUCAAUGUGGCAAAACACCUGGGAAACCUGAAGUUCAGAGUCUGGGAGAAGAUGCAGGAGAUUGUUCAAUACACUCCUGUGACUCUGGAUCCCAACACUGCAGCCACACGUCUCAUCCUGUCUGAGGAUCUGACCAGUGUGAGACGUGGUGAUGAGAGACAGCGGCUUCCUGAUAACCCAGAGAGAUUUGAUGAGUAUGCCAGUGUCCUGGGCUCUGAGGGCUUUACCUCAGGGACUCACUGCUGGGAUGUGGAGGUUGGAGAGAACACAGGGUGGGCUGUGGGUGUAAUGACAGAGUCUCUCCAGAGGAAGGGAGACUAUACCUCCAUGAGUGGAUGGUGGUGUGUGUAUUAUAGAGAUGGUAAAUAUGGAGCAUGGUCUCCACCACAGCCCCCCACUCUCCUCACAGUGAAGCAGAAACCCCAGAGGAUCAGAGUGCAGCUGGACUGGGACAGAGGAAAGUUGUCAUUCUCUGACCCUGAUAAUAACACACAUCUACACACUGUCACACACACUUUCACUGAGAGAGUGUUUCCAUACUUUAAUGUUUCCUGUAAACUCUCUCCUCUGAGGAUGUUACCAGUGAGAGCUUCAGUGAAAGUAGAGCAGCACAGCAAGAGAUGAUGUCACUUCCUUUUUACAGGUUAGUAAUGACUUGUUCAUGGUGUUAAAAUGUCUUCAUGCAUUAACCAUUCUGACCAAUUGAUUGUUUUGUUAGUUGCCUUAAGAAAAUCACACAGGUGUCACGCGAUCUGAACUCUGUAAAUAUGGCAAAUUGAAGGGCAAAUAUCUUUGACAGAAAUGUAUUGUAAAAGAUAUUCCUCAACUACUUCCUUUUAUUUUCUAAACAUCUGCUGAUGGUGAUGCAACAUACAAAAUUGACCGGCCUGACAGAAAUAUUAAUAAUGCUUUUUGCAAACAUUUGAUUCUCAUUUAUUUUGAUUUAAACUUCUCUAAAGAGGCAAGUCAUUCUCUUUAUGACAGUUUUGUAAGCAUUUAUGUAUAAUUUCAGAUUUUAAAGCCUCCUUUUAAUGAUGUUCUACUCGUUUGUAUCCAAAAUGAGGGAAAUUCACAAUAAAAUAGAAAAUAAAACAUACGUACAACUAGUGCAUAUCUACAUCUCAGGACUAUUAGUAUUUUGUGUAUUUGGCAAUGUCUUUAACAAUGAACAACACACAUUGACAAUACACAUCAAAUAUGCAUGUCAUGUUUUCACAAGAUAAUAACUUGUUGUGUCUUCUGUCAAAAAUUACUGCUGUGAUUUGUGCAUUAAAUGUGACAUCUGACAACUUUACCAUCUAUUAAAUCUCUAAGGAGUCUUGGACAUUCGUCUCAAAGGCCCUUUAAUUUUUGACCAGAGACAAAACAAAUGUAAAAUUAUUUGAAAACUACUCUAAGUCAUGAGUCCUUUUGAGUUUAUUAAGAGUUUUUAUUACAGAUUGUUUCAAACC